AUGAAUGUGGGCGCCGAAGUUUUGGUGGCUCAACGGCCAGAGGAAUUGCCAGAUGCUGGCCAUCUGAGCUCGCAGCCAGCCGUCUUCUACGAGUCGGAUGCUGCCGAGAUGGACGCCGCGUGCUCGACAACAACAGGUAUGUUUUCUUGUUGAUUUUGUGGGUUUUGAUUUGGUUUUUAGGUAACAAACAAAAAGUUAUUGGGCUUAAAAGUGGCAUAGAUCAUAAAAAGGUCGAAAAUAUAGUUCAGCAAAUCAAAUUUUGAUCAAAAACCAUAAAAUAUUGACGUAAAAUUAUAUAUUUUUGAUGUACAAAGGUUGUUUUUGAAUAAUAGAUGUUGUUGCGGAGUUAUUUUUAGGUAUUCAAAGAGUAUUUGAGGGAACAAAAGUUGUUUUUUUUUACUUUGGGUUGUUUUUUGAUGUUUUACGUUUGGCAGAUGUUUUUCGAUUUUUUAGGUAAUAAAAAAUGUCUUUUUUGUUAGAUUUUUACACAAAAUUAAAGAAAACAUUAAUUAUUAUAUUAAACUAUUUAAAUAAUUAAGUUUUCUUAUUAUUAAAGCUAAUCUAUCUUGUUUUAGAUGAAGAUUUGCAGUCAAACUGUGCAAAGUCUGUUCCUCGUCGACAACGCAAAUGCUCUUCAGACGACGGAAUUCAUUAUGUUGACGAUGAUGAUGGUGUUGAGUUUCAGCUGGAUCAACGACAUUUGAAUCGAGUGCACGAAGAGUUGGAGAAACUGAAUAUUGCAACAGACGUGAUCAACAAAUUAGAGCUGCAGUUGGAUCGAGAAAGGGAAAAGUUCAAAGAAUUACAUUCACAAUGGAGUAAGGAAUCAGCCGACAUUAAGAAGAAGUACGAUUCGUCGAUCAAGAAGAGCCGACCUUACUACGAGUCUGUAGCAGAGGAAAGGAAGUUGAGGGAGCAAGCGCAACAAGCUGCUAUGCAGUUCGAACGAGCUAACUCAAUGUUGCAGGUGGCUAAACAACAGGUCAAACUAACUCAAGAUAGCUUGACCAGACAACAGAUUAUUGAGCCAGAGUGUUUGGAGGUUCUGAAUCAUCACAUUCAGCGUGUGAAUGAAGCCGAAUCCGAGAGGUUAGAAGCCGAAGAGAUGCACAGAUGUUUGUCACACAGAUUGAUUGAGGUGACACAGAGAGUAAAGCAGUUGGGCAAAGAUAAUGCGAGAGCAAUUAAGAAGACCAGGCAUUACUUUGAUUUGCAUAUGGACUUUAGAAAGAGGUUAGAUCAACAGAAACAGAAGAUAUCGUGUUUGGAGGCUGAAGUGAAGCAGAAGAAGAGGGAUUACACCAGUUCUUUGAGGAAUCUGGAGCAGAUUUCUGAUUCGAUUCACGAGGAAAGAAGUGUAAGUUUUUGUUUUUAUAUGCAUAUUGAAAAUUGAAUUCGAAAAGUUUAUGAAAAUUGAUAAAAAAUCACUUAAAAAUUAAAAAGGACUUUUUUCAGUUGUCAAGUGCGAAGCACAGUGCAAGAACUCCAGAUUCUACUCGGAAGUCCGUCUCAGCAGUUGGAUUGUCGAAAAUGACAUUGGACGAGAAUGAUUCGGCUUUGAGUGAUGAAGAUAUUAAACAUAGAAGACAUCAACGUACUGAGUCUGGCAUUACUGGUUUGGACUCACAGUCGAUGACUUCAGCGUCAUCAAUCAGCGGAUUGAGUAUGGGAUUUCAACGGGAUUCAGUGGUGAGUUUGGAUAUUAUACUUGAUUUUGAUGAGUUUAGGGAGUUAUAAGUGUUUUGUAUAUUACAAGGGUGUUAUAAUUGAGAUUAUACACUUUACUUAAGGUUAUAUAGCCUUAUCUAACAUUAUAUUGAAAUAUAUUUUCAUAUCAUACCUAAAACAAUAUAAUAUUGUUGUAGAUCAGUGAAUUCUGUGUCACAUUGGACGCGGCCGUGAUGUUCGAGGAAGAGUUUGAUAUCAGAACCACGGCUUCUGACCAAACUUCGGAUUAUUCCAGUGCUACAGAAUCGCGACGACGUUCUGGAGUGAUUCUGUUGGCUCAACGCUUAAUGGGCUCCAGUCCUUCAGAAGAACAUCCGUCUCCAAUCUCCUCCGGGUAAGCCUAAGGUGCUUAAUAAACUCGGCUUAAACUUUUGGUCUUUGGUUAGUUAAUUUGAAUAAUUUGUGUUUUGGGUGGUUUGGUUCAGCUGUAUGUGUGUAUGGUACUGUAGGCUUGUGUUAGGGUUACUGUAGUUUGUGUAUUAUACUUGUUUAGUGUUGUAAUGCUGUUUGAGAGGGCUUGUAGUGUGUGCUUUGGCAUAUAUGAGGUUUUACAGCUUUUGGUUACUGUAUUUUUUGCAAAAUCUUAGUUGUGUCGAUAUUGUAGUAGCUGUUUUGAUGUUCUGGGUCAUUUUCGAUGACGUUUUUAUUAAUUUUUUGAUAUUUUAGAUGCUCUGAGGAUCAAGACGUGAGAUACCAAACAAAACCCGAGGGCAUUACUGAUAGCCCUAUCAAGGCUUAA